AUGGCAGCUGGAGUGAUACAAACUCUAAGCAAGUUCAGGCUACCCACAGAAUUCCAGCAUCCAUUUCUGACCUCCAUCGCUGGCCCGGAGAUGAGUUUCCAGUAUUUAUCUGGAGAAGAAGACACCGAAGAGGAAGAGGAAGAUGAGUCAGGAGAGGAAGGAAGGGAAGAGAUGGAACUGGAAGAAGACCUUGUGAGCUCCUCGCGGAAAGAUGCCUCCACCGAGGCCAGCUCCAGCAUCAGUAACACGAAAAAGACCACGCAGCUCCUCCAAUUUGCUGAACGCAUCAGCCACGACAUCCAGAGGUAUUUUGGCAAGAAGAACAAAGAGCAGGAAGAGGAGGAAGGGGUGGAAGAAAGCAGCUGCAAGGCUCACGAGAGCCUCUGCUCCUCACCACGGUCGGGACGAGCGACGUCCUACACAGAUCUGAUCGGGAUUUCUCAGCGUGGGGAGGCUGAGGAUAAAGAAGAUUUCUCUGACCCCCACAAGGCUUUUGAGCAGCUCUGGAGGUCCCCGCGUGGGAAAGACGAAAAGCUGGGGCCCCUGGCUGAACUUUUCGAGUAUGGUUUCUGUAGGUGUCUUCAGCGGCAUCUCUCUCCGGAUAAUAAGAAAUUGAUGUGGCUGGAGAGGAAAUUUGCACAUGUCGUCCCCAUGCAGAGCAGGAAGCUGCCUCGGUCCUUCUGGAAAGAGCCGACGCUCAGUCCCAUAGGCACCCCCAACGGCAAUCCUCCCGAUUUUAGUGAUCUACUGGCUAAUUGGACUUCUGAAUCUGGCCAGGAGGAGCUGAAUGCCAGCCGGGAGCAUCUUGGCGAGGUCACCGGCGAUGGACACUGA